AUGCUGCCGUGGAAGAAGCACAAGUUCGAGCUGCUGGCCGAGGCGCCGCCACGGCAGGCGUCCAAACCCAAGGGCUACGCGGUCAGCCUGCACUACUCGGCGCUCAGCUCGCUGGCGCGGGCGUGCCCCGAAGGCGCGCUCAGCCGGGUGGGCAGCAUGUUCCGCUCCAAGCGCAAGAAGCUGCACAUCACCAGCGAGGACCCCACGUACACCGUGCUCUACCUGGGCAACGCCACCACCAUCCAGGCGCGCGGCGACGGCUGCACCGACCUAGCGGUGGGCAAGAUCUGGAGCAAGAGCGAGGCGGGCCGUCAGGGCACCAAGAUGAAGCUGACGGUGAGUGCGCAGGGCAUCCGCAUGGUGCACGCCGAGGAGCGGGCGCUGCGCCGCCCGGGCCACCUCUACCUGCUGCACCGCGUUACCUACUGCGUGGCGGACGCGCGACUGCCCAAGGUCUUCGCCUGGGUGUACCGGCACGAGCUCAAGCACAAGGCGGUGAUGCUGCGUUGCCACGCGGUGCUGGUGUCCAAGCCCGAGAAGGCGCAGGCCAUGGCUCUGCUGCUCUACCAGACGUCGGCCAACGCUCUGGCGGAAUUUAAGCGGCUCAAGCGGCGGGACGACGCGCGUCACCAGCAGCAGGAGCUGGUGGGCGCGCACACCAUCCCGCUGGUGCCGCUGCGCAAGCUGCUCCUGCACGGCCCCUGCUGCUACAAGCCGCCGGUGGAGCGCAGCCGCAGCGCGCCCAAGCUGGGCCCCAUCACCGAGGACCUGCUGGGGGAACAGCAGGAGCAGGAGCUGCAGGACGAGGCGGCGGAGGAGCACGCGGAGGGCUGCCCGGAGGAGGAGGAGGAGGAGGAGGACCACGCCGGGGAGGGAGGCCCGGCGGAGCCGGAGGCCGAGGCGCCGCGGGCGCUGGUGGUGGCCAUGCACUUGGAGUGCGGGGACCUGCUGGACACGCUGGAGAGCGGCCGCGGGGAGGCGCUGGGGGGCGGCGGGGUCCUGCCGGGCCUGGAGGCCGGGCCGCCGUCUCCGCUGCUGGGCAGCGCCUCCGACGACGUGAGGGCCGAGCUGUCGCAGCUGAUCGACGACCUGGGAGAGCUCAGCUUCGGCAACGACGUGCGCAGCCUGCAGGCCGACUUGCGGGUGACGCGCCUGCUGUCGGGCGACAGCACGGGGAGCGAGAGCUCCAUCGAAGGAGGGGGCCCGGACGCCAGCCCUGCCGCCGCCGGGGACCCGUGCGGCCCCGCCGACCGCGCCAGCCCAGACGAGCCUCACUCGGGCUGAGCGCCCGGCAGUGCCCUGCGCGCGCCCCCGCUGCCCCAUCGUUACCCCCAGCCAUCUCUGCACCGCCUGCUUACCGCCCCGGCCCCCUCCAGAAAGGGGAAACGGGACACGAGGCGCAGACAGCCCCCCCCCCCCAUUUGGCUCUUUGAAGCGAGGCUCAGAUUGCACGUGCAGAUGUGGGGGAGGGACCCCUACAAGGAACCGGAGAGAGGCAGCCCUCUGGGGUCUGGGGAGGCGAAGGGCCGCUGGUGUUAGCAAAGCCCCGCAGGCGUCAGGUGCCUGCGGCCGGUUUCCUGUUGGUGGGGCAGCUGGGCCCGCGGGGGAGGGUGAACUUCCUCCACCACCCCCCAGCUGGGAGCGGCCUAGCGGUCACUGCCAUGUCAUUAAAUUAAAAAAAAAAAAAGAAUUUGCUCUCACAGUGUUUGAGGCUUUAAUGCCAUCUCCUUGCCCCCAGUGUUUUUGGUGCGAGAGCUUGGGUUGUUUACCUCAGACUCAGACCCUUGAAGUUCUGCCAAAUUCCUCAAAUAACUGGUGGGGGGGGGGGG